AAUGAGCUGUUCUUUUCAGUCCCGGUGUUACUUAUUAACUACAAAUAUUAAUUAAUAUACGGAAUGGCGUUUAUUAGCGCCCGUGCUGAAGGACGACUUAUGACACAUGUAUCGUACGAUAUUCUAUAGUACUGUCUAGCAUAAAUCCUUUGUUGCGCCUAUCUGUAGCAUAAACCGCCCAUUUUUUGACCUUGUACUUAGCUACCGAUAAUCACGGUGCAAUAAUGGACUACUUAUUCCACUGAUAGGCGUCACAUAAGCGACGAUUUAUGCCACGCAGCGCUAUAAUGAUGUAUUGUAUACCAAGAUCGUAGAUUGGAUUUUUUCAGACUCAUCUUCGGCUCGCUAGCGCACUCGCCUUCGGCUCAUGCUAGCUCACCUCGACACAUGCUGCAAACUCCAUACUCGGUCUAAAAAAGCCUACUUUACGUCCUUGGUCAAUAUAUUAUUAUCGCCUGCUGCUGCGUUUUAUCGCCCGCCGGUCGGUAAAUGAGUACUUUUGGCCUCAUUUUUAGAUCAAUAAAACACGAAACAUGUGUUACAACCAAAGUAUUAAUUUUUUAUUGAUUACGUGGCUAAAAAGAAGUCGCUGAGAUCUUAUAAUGCCAAAAAGAAUGAAGCAAUCCAUGCAAAAUCGAGAAACAACCGUUUUAUUGCGGUGAAAAAAAAAUUUUUUGCGAAAAAAAUUAUUCGAUUGUUCCAAAAUAGAUACUUUAGCGUUAAUGGGUUAACAUAAGUUUGUUGUAUAUCUCCUUUUAAUGCCUGGUUAUUUUUUAAAUUCAUGAAUUUUUUAUUUUACGUUCUGUAUAUACAUUCUGUAUAUAUAUUGUAUUUUCUGUACGCAAAUUUAAAAAAAAAAUAGUUUACCUACCGAGAAAAUCCCGUGAUUAUACACGUAAUUUAUCACAUGAUCAAACACAAAUGAAAAUUACAAAAAGGUUCAGUUAACCUCAAAUUGUCGCUCCUUACGAAGAGUGGCACACUUCAUACUCGCAUCGAAGCAAAAGCAGUAGCACAGUUCGAUAUUUCCGGCGAAGACUAGCACGGUUCUCGGUGGAAAGUGAGAAAAACUUAUGAUAAUUUAAUAAUUUUUGCAGUAAUUGCCCCUUUCAUGCGAAUGUAAUUAUGUGCAAAAUCUGAAGUUUUUAAUAUUAAUCAGUUUUUGCUUCAUGACGCCUAGAAAUCGCCAAUUUUGGCGUGAACUGUGCUAGUCUUCGUCGGAAAAUCUGAACUGAACUACUCUUCGUAGGAAAUCUGAACGAUGCUACUCUUCGGAGAGAUCGAUGAGAUAAUGCGUAAAAUAAUUUUCCGUGUGAAAAUUUGCAUUAAUAAUGAAAGUAAAUAGAAUUGUUUAAUAAGACUGUGUGACCGUUAUUUGGUGUACCUGUACUUAUGCAACUUUUAUUAUUAAACAAAUUGGGUGAAUAUACAAAAAAUAGAAGGUUGUUGUUUGAUUAGAUAGAUAUCGGUAGUACUAUCUUAAGAUUUGCAUAUGCACUGUUCCAAAUUUAGUUUACAAGAUAACAAGAGUGUAAAUUUUUAUUUAUUUGUAAGCGAUGAACGAUCUAUAAAUUUAAGUAAAUUUUCCAAUUGUAUAUUAUAGAAUUUAAUUGAAAUCAAAUUUUAAAAUAUUUCACAGAUUCUUAUCAGCCAAAAUGCGGGAUUUCGCGAUAAUUUUGGACGAAGAAGACGACAUUAGGGUUAUAGCCAGCAAAUGGUUAACUACAGACAAAGGGUCAAUGUUCUGGCCUCCUUUUAUAAAGGCAAGUGACGUGACAGAGGCUAUAAUACAGCUAAGAGAUGUCGGAAAAAAUUGGAAGACAUAUCCGAUCACAAAGCUAAUCAAAUUUAAUGAUAGUUAUACAGAUGCAGUACGUGAAUCAAAGCAGCAUGGGAUAGAACACUUCACAGAUCCAAGUGAUGAUCAAAAAUUAAAACGAUCUAGAUCAAAUAGAUACAAGAAAAAUCGCGAAAGUUCUCCAGAAGAACCAAAAAAGAAGAAGGCCAAAACUGUUAGGAAAGAUACUGAUGAUGAAAGUAGUGAUCAAGAGGCCGGUGAUUUAACAAAGAAAGUUGAUUCACCCAUCGAUAGCGACGGCAAUAAGUCUAGCGAUGUCGAGCCGACUGAGGAGGAUCCUCUAUUGUUGCCACCUCUAAGCUUGAACGUUCAACUCCAAGACGUUGUUCAAAAUGUAGAAAAGUCUGUGAAAGGACAUGUUGGAAAACCAGCGAAUUCGAGUGGAGGUCAAAAUAAAGAAAAGUCUGAGAUACAAUCUGGUAAUACAUCAAAAGCUCAUUCACCAAAUAGAGAAUCUGAUAACGCAAAUUUUGAUAAGCCGCCAUCCGCAAAAUCUAGUGCGGAAAAAAAUACUCAGGCGUCUACUUCAAAAUCCGAUGAGCAAGAAAAUGAUCUUCCUUUGCCUGGCGUCAGUCAUCUAACUGAUCAUGAAAUUAUUAUUGCAACACCCCAGAUGGUUUUUAAGUUAAUAAAUAAAGUUAACAGACUAAAGCGGCAGAAUGACGCUUUAAAAAGAAAAUUGGAGGGUGGUUAUAGAAAUACUAGAUCGACAGACAAACAACUUUCUUUACAAGAUAUUGCGGUAAUUAAUAACUAUUUCCCCAUUGACACAAAUGAAGCUAACAAGAACAAAAAAAUAGAUGUUGAAAAUAUGUUAGGAAAAAAAGAUCAAGAGUUCUUCCAGAAUGCGGUAAUCUUUUUCAAAAGCAAGGGAGGUAGCGAUUGCCGCAAGUUAAUAUUUAACUGUAUGAUAGCUGCAAUAACAAAUGAAGUGGCGAAUCAGUACAGCUUUAUAGGGCGCAAAGCGCCAAGAAAAUCUUUCAAAGACCUCCGGCUAUGCACUUGCCUGUAUCAAGCUGUCAAACUUGCAUUUCCAAAUGCAAAUGACGAUGACAUUGAAGAUGGCAUAAGUGCUUGGCAGGAUACUGCAAACACGCGGCUAAAAGAGAGAAGCAAGUGGAAAAGGUCCAAAAAGGGCGCCAUUCCAGCCAAUAGUUAUUGACGAAACCCUGAACAG